GUUGAACAAGCCUUUGAAUGCUCCCCUCCAAGUUGCCAGCGCGAAAACCAAACAAGUCCAAAUCCUUGACUCGAGUCAAACGCCUCCACCGCCAGAUAUCGAUGCAUACCAAACCCACCUCCAUUAGCACCAACAGGGACACCGGCUAAUUUCUUGGAUGGCGUGGUCGGGAAAAAGGUCAUGUCCGUCUUACAUCGGGCAUCGAUUAUCGAGGCAUUCUCUCGUCUAGAUGGAUAUAUGAACAUUGCGCUGGAGCAGACGGAGAAGCAUAUUGAUGGUGCAGUCAUAAGUAAAUACGAGGACGUGUUCAUUUGCUGGAAUAAUGAUCCACUAUAAUCACAACGUUGAACUGUACGAGCAUCGUCAAAGUCUACGGGAGUAAUGUGUGACUGCAUUCUCCUGCUCUCGGCCUUUGAUUUUUGUACAUCCUUCGAUGAAGGAUCUAUCGGCGG